UGGUCACGCGGUCAAUGACAUCAGCAGAAGCGUUACGCAGAUGUGUACAACACAUGUAACAACCGGCUCUCUGUGAGCAUCAGGGCUUAAUUUUCACCAUCUUACUGCGAGUGGACCUAAGUGAAACCGGGGGUGUCAUCUUUUGAAUACUGUACAACCAGCGCCUUUGGAUAAAACCAUUUUAGCAAGAGGGUUCCCUUUGAUGAAGCUAACAGUAGUUAGCUUAGCUAGCAUAUCUGGUGAACUUUUACCAUCGCUGCUCAGUGAGUAACAUUCAACUGUAUCCAACUCGACCAAGCCAGCCAGGCAGGUGAAACUAUAGCUAAAUACAAAUUAGUGAUACGGACUUUGAUCUCUGCAAAGGUCAUUCUGUAGCGUCUGUAGCUGUUUGUGGGAAAGUAGUCAUGAAGAGCCUUCCGUACUUCUGCCGGGGAGAGGUCAUUCGAGGCUUCGGGAGAGGCAGCAAAGAACUGGGAAUUCCCACAGCCAACUUCCCAGACUCAGUGGUGGACAAUCUUCCAGCAGAUAUCAGCACAGGGAUCUACUAUGGCUGGGCCUGCGUCGGUAAAGGUGAUGUCUACAAAAUGGUGAUGAGCAUUGGCUGGAACCCUUACUACAAAAAUACCAAGAAGUCCAUGGAGACCCAUGUGAUUCACACAUUCAAAGAGGACUUUUAUGGGGAGAUUCUCAGUGUUGUCAUGGUGGGCUACAUCCGUCCAGAGAGAAGCUACGACUCACUUGAAGCCCUCAUUACGGCCAUCAACGACGACAUUGAGGAGGCCAAGGUCAAGCUGGAACUCCCAGAGCAUCUCAAACUGAGAGACGACAACUUCCUCACUGGCGCUCCCAGCUUGUCUUCAGCCACGCCCCCCACCACCGCAUCCACAUCACAGACUAUUAUGAAUGGUCACUGACAGCUGGCUGUGACUGCAGCACUUUGUGUGCACACACACACACACACAAACACACCCCAGAACAACACAGGCGUGUUGAAACGUGUAAAAUGCACAGCCUCAUUCUGAGAUCUCGUUCCCUGUCGCCAUGGCUGCACAUGGACAUAAUCACAACCAAUCUUUUUUCUUUUUUUCUUUUUUUUUGGUUGUAUUUUUCUUUUACUUUGUCAACGUGUCUGUAUUUAAAGAGCUGGUUAACUUCCUGUAUGGGUUUGUUGCAGACAGCCAAUCACUUAAUACAUGGUGUUUAUUUGUACAUAUCUGCACCAGAUUGCCUCAUCUAACAGCAUAACUGUGUAUGAAGCUCUUGGGUCUCCCUCGUCUUGCUGUGUAUUUGGAGUCAUUUUAUGUGAGAAGGUACCUAAAGAAAAUACAGAUUUUUGGGAUGAAGGUGACCACAAAAUACAAACAACCUGUAUAUAAAGAAUGACACAAAUAGACCAUAAACUCAACGCUGUGAACCCUGUCUAGCCAAGGUUGAAAACAGUUAUUUAUUCCUUUUCUGUUGCAAUUUGUUUCUGUGUCAGAUGGUUAGACAAAAGGUCUGGGCAUUAUUAUCUGUGACAAAAAUACUGGUUGCACCAUCAGAUGACUUUAUGCAACAAUGUGGCUAAAUGCAAGGCAUCCGUGUGAAGACAAGGAGAUUCAAUUAUGAAAUUAUGUAAAUAUAAUGGUAAAGGGUAUCCUUGCUCUCUCCUUUCAUUUUCCUCUUGAGAAAAUGUCUUACGUCUUGUCUUUUGUGACACAGACCCUCUACUGUUUAUCACUGCCCUAAAAAUGAAUGACCCUAUUACAUUGGACCAGAGAUUGGAUUUGGGGUCUUUGAUGCAUUAUGCAGAACAACUCUUAGUGCUUGUAGACAGGUUAUUUAUUAAAUGAAUUGUGUACAAAAACGUGUUUUAAGGAUAAGCUUUUAAAAUAAUUUCAACAUAAAAGCCAUCUGGAUUUGAGUGAUACUGCCUUUCCCUUUUUAGCCCCUUUGCUCAAUUGAGAAUUGUAGAUGAAUUGUAGACGAUCCGGGGAACAUUAAGGCUGAAUAAGCAAGUUCUUAUGCAGAUCAGUUAAGUUUUUGCAUUUUUUCACUGCAGCUUGCCUGAUGGUCAGACCUACAGUCCGCCAGUCUCUGAGUUUGUUACAGAUAGUAAAACAUUGAUAGGUGAGAUGAGAUGAAGAAGUAUAAGGUCCACAGCUCCUGUUCCCUGCUCUGAUAUUUACAAAGGGCAACAAUCUUUGAAGUGUAUGAAGGCCACUUUAUACCAUAAAAAGGUGAAAGUAUGAUCAUGCAGAUGUCUGAACAGAAAAACUUACAAUACAAAUAAUAUUCUUAUCUAUAUAACAGUUUUUUUAUUUAAUGGGGUCAUUAAACAUUUGAACAAAUAUCUUAAACUACUGACUAAACCCUGUAAGAGAAGUAGCACUUAACUUUGUUUUUUUUUUAGGUGUGUGUGUGCUUGCACCUGUUUAGCUUUUACAAAGAAAGUUUCUGACAGAACUAAGUGUGUAAAGUUCUUUGGACCCCUGUAAAUAAUUGUUUUAAAAGAAUGAAAUAUAUGAGUCUAGCUAUGUGACUGUGAUGUGAUGGUUUUAAGUUUGUAUUGUAUUUUAGUUUAUUAUUAAAGUGUUAUUUAGGGACUAAAAUAUAUGACUGCAAUUUAUGAAUGUUGACAUGUAUCAUGCAACAUUAGCUAUGACCCUUCCUCAUGUUGCUGUUUUUCCAGGUACCUUCUCAGUCUGGUAGUUUUUGUAUAUUUCCUUUUAAUCGGUUUAGUUUCUUUACUGACAGGGAAAUAGGGUUCAAGUUUCUAAAAGCUUGAAAAUGGUCUGCAUUAAGUCCAACUAAUAGAAUGAAAAAAUACAGGAAGCAGUACUUCACUGUAAUUAUGUUGACAAAUGUACUGCUAUAUACAGCUUUUAUUUUAUUAUAAAUGAUACAUUAUCCAUUAUAUUCAUCCCCUAAAGUACUUGAUGUACAAAAUAAAUCUCACUGUAACUUUGAAUUGUAAUGUGCUGAUUCUUUAGACCAGUCAAAGAGGGAAGUUUUCAUAACAAUAACACUUUUGACCCCACUGCAUUGCUGUAUUAGGGUCAAAUGUUUUCCAAGGCCAAUUUGUUAUAAUUAUUUAUUCUAGUUUACACAGGGACCAGGGUUACUGCGUGUAGGUAAAGGUUCAACAUGUCUUUUAUGUUUUCAUUCUUGUGUUAUAUAUAAUUUAAUCAAAUAAAUAGUUUAAUCAA